AUGCCCGACGCCGCCAACUCGUUCUACGCGCUAUGGGACAAUCCAUCCCUGACCCUGGCCAUCAUUAUAGGCCUCACCAGCUACAUGGCACUAGUCAAUCGUCUUCGAUACCGUCGCAAGGCCAAAAUAGAGGCGCCGUUCGUGCACGCGCAUGGCGUUGGUAGGAGACUACUCUCCAGCAUGACGGUCAAGGAAGCGCAUGCGAUUCUGGCCCAGUUGCAGGAACUGGAGUUCCCGUAUGCGUUUGCAAAGGCUCGUCGAAUGGCUCUCCUCAAGGCUGGAGGAAUCCCGACGAUGUCGAAGCUGUUCGCCGUGACAGGCCAGAACAACAGACGCAAUGCAGGCAAGCGCGCUGUCGACACGGAGAUCCUCCUGCGCGAGGCGCAAUCCCAGCCUCGAGAUUCGGACCGUUAUGCAACGGCCGUGGCGAGAAUGAAUUAUCUCCAUGCCCGCUAUCGCCGUGCCAACAAGAUCACCGACGCCGACCUCCUCCAUACGUUAGGAGACGGUCUUCUCGAGAUCCUGAACGUGGUGCAGCGGGAAGAGUGGCGGAGCCUGACCGAAGUCGAGAAAUGCGCCCUUGGCAUCUUCCACAAGAACCUGGGCGAAGAUAUGGAAAUCCCGUUCGAUGUGCUUCCGUCGGCAGCACAAGGAUGGAGAGAUGGCCUGCACUUCGCUUCGGAACUGUGCGAUUGGACGGUCCGUUACGAGGAAGAAGUCGCGCGGCCAACCGCGACAAACGACCAGUACGUCCGAGUCUACGUUGACUCUGCACUUCCCAGCUUCAUCACACCACUGGUGCGGCAGAUGCUGGGUGGCGACCUGGACGAUCGCAUGAGAACGAGCCUGAGUCUAGAAAAGCCUGGCCGUCUGCUCUCCAUUACGUUGAGUGUCGUCCGGAAUCUACGACGGUUCCUCCUGAAACACCUCGCCCUUCCACGCCCUGCCCUGUUAGCCGUCCGGCUCGUGCAAGACUCGCCGAACCCAGAGACCGGGUUGUACAAUUUCGAACGAAAGGGCCUGCAGCCAUGGUACAUGCGACCGACUUUCUGGUCAAAAUGGGGACCGGGGGCGUGGCUAAUCAGGGUAUUUGGAGGCAAGAUGCCCGGCUCGCGCGGGGACCGGUACCAGCCCCAAGGAUACAACCUGACGACCAUCGGACCGCAACCACAGCAGGGAAAGGGGCUGGAAGAGAUGGGCCAUGAUAUAGAGGUGAUUAAGGCAAGAGGCGUAGCGACGUGCCCAUUCUCUCAGGCGAAGCUGGGUGCCUUCAAACGGGGCUGCUGA